GCAAUUUUUACACAUAUUUACAUUGUAUCACAUAAAAAGCUUCCAAUAAACAAUUGAAAAUAAAUUAUUAUAUAGACUUAAUUUAUUAUACACGAUAAAAACUUACAAAUUGUUCUCUUGAAAUUUUAAAAGUAGUGUAUUUUAAUUCCAGUAAUGUUAUUCAUUUAGGUUUUCAUGGAUUACUAAAUUUAAUAUUAGGUCACUACAGGAAUGGAUUACCUUUUAGGAAAACUGUGUAAAAAAGAUAAAAAAAAAGAAGUUAUCAUGGAAGAUCUCCAAACUGUUCUUUUACGAACUCAGUCUCCUCCAAAAAAGUUCUACUCUUCAACUGGUGAUUUUGAUGAAGUUUAUCCAAACCUUUAUGUUGGUGAUUGGACUACAGCAAAAAAUCGCAACCUUUUAUUGUCAUUAGGAAUAACUCAUGUUGUUAAUGCUGCUCAAGGUAUUGGUUUUGGAUUAGUCGAUACAAAUGAGCAGUUUUACCAACCACUUAAUAUUCGUUACAUUGGUUUGGCAUUAUGUGAUGAUCCUAGUGUUGCAAUUUGUGAAUAUUUUGAUAGUGUAUCUAAUUUUAUUGAUGAUGCUUUAAACCAAAAAGGUAAAGUUUUAGUUCACUGUAUCAUGGGAAUAUCAAGGUCUGCAACAAUUGCAAUAGCAUACUUAAUCAUAAAACAAAAUAUGAGGGCUAAAGAAGCAGUCGAAAAGGUUAAAAAAGCUAGAGAAAUACGUCCUAAUGAUGGAUUUUUAAGUCAAAUAGCUCAACUAGAUAAUGACAGAAUGCUUUUAUUAACUCAACAAUAAUGGUGCUUCAAAUUAAUACUUUCCUUUAAAAAAUAUUUCUAUUAUACAUAUUUUUUGAACA